AUGGCCGACCCGUGGCUCGCGCGGGACAAAGUCGAGCACGUGUUGUCGUGCGUACUGGUCACAGCAGUAACCGCGCUGGCGUGCCGGUCGUACAAGCCCGUGCGCGCGCGGCUCCCGGCGUGGGCGCUGCGGUGCCCCCCCGCGUGGCUCGGGGCCGCCGCCGGCGCCGCGGUCGGCGCGCUGAAGGAGCUGGGUGACGGUUUGCAGUGGUGGCCCGGGCGAGCGUCGAUCCGCGACGGCGUCGCGGAUGUCGUGGGUGUUGUGCUUGGGGUGGUUCUCGUGCGUGUCCUCGACGCCCGACGGGGCGAAAACGCGCGGCGCACGCCCGAGGUCGUGCAGCCGGCUGCGGGCGUCGAGCUCGUGUAG